UUCCCCAGCCUGAACAGGGCCUGAAUCAGGGCCUCAGGGAGCAGGAUGGAGGCUGGUGACAGGGAGAAGCUGGAAGCCGAGAGGAGGGUCAGACCCGGAGGGGAAGUGAGAGUCUGAGUAGGUGUCCAGGGUUGAGGGCGGAGUCCAUCUGCACUGUCGGGGAGACUCAGGGCAGGCGUGUGUGUUGAGAAGGAAGUCAGAAGAGAGGGGCUGCGUGUGGGGAGGUUUGUGAGAACAGACGCCAAAGACCCACUUUCCGAGAGAAAGAAAGAACAUCUGCACAUAAGAUGCUGUUGUUGCAACUGGUGUUGCUCACGGUUCUUGUCCCAGGCGGUAACAGUGAUGAUGACUUCCAGGAGCCAAUCACUUUUCGAAUCAUCCUGACCUCAUCUUUUUACAACCGUGCCCGGACACGAAAUCAGGGUUCAGCUUGGCUGGGACAGCUGCAGACUCAUGGCUGGGACAGCAAGACCGGAGCUUUCAUUUUCCUGCGGCCUUGGUCCAGGGGCAACUUCAGCAAAGAGAGGCUCAUUGAACAAGAAAAGUUAUUCCAUUCAUACUCCAUUAGAUUUCUUCAGGUAUUUCAGGACCAUGUCAGUCAAUGGCAGCUUGAAUAUCCCUUUCAGGUCCAGCUGGAAGGAGGCUGUGAGCUGCACCUUGGAGAAGCAUCAGUAGGAUUUGCGCGGGUUGCAUAUCAAGGAUCAGAUCUCAUGAACUUCCAGAACACGUCAUGGUGGCCAUCUCCAAAGGGAGGAAGGAGGGCUCAGCAGGUCUGCACAGUCUUCAAUCAGUACCAUGUGGUCAAUGUAAGAACACAGGCAGAAAUCAAUGACAUCUGCCCCCAUUUCCUCUUGGGUCUUCUUGACGCAGGAAAGACAGAUCUGCAGCGACAAGUGAGGCCAGAGGCCUGGCUGUCCACUGGCCCCAGUCAGGGUCAGGGGCCUGGCCAUCUGCUCUUUGUGUGCCACGUCUCUGGCUUCUACCCAAAGCCAGUGUGGGUGAUGUGGAUGCGGGGUGACCAGGAGCAACAGGGCACCCGACGAGGUGACGUUUUGCCCAAUUCUGACGGGACAUGGUAUCUUCAGACGUCCUUGAAUGUGGAAGCCAGGGAGGCAGCCGGCCUGUCUUGCCGAGUGAGACACAGCAGUCUAGAAGGCCAGGAUAUUGUCCUCUACUGGGAGCAGCACCGCCCCGUGGGCUUGGUAUUCCUGGCCGUGGUCGUGCCCCUGGUGCUUCUGGCAGGUCUUGCGUUCUGGCUCUGGAAGCGCUGGAAAUCACACUGGAGACAUCAGUGCACUGGCCUUCCUUUGGAGUAAGAUCCCUGCAGCCCUGGUUCCAGCACUUACCUAAACCCAGCUCAGUGGUGAUGGAUUUGCAAGUCUCUGUGUGCAACUUUCGUCUUUCCUUUCUGCUCAAUGAUCAGUUGUCAAUAUCAGCUGAGUGUCAUUUAGUGGGAUGUGUUGUUCUCACCUCUUUCUGGGACUUAAAUCUCAAAAUUCUCUCAAAGUAAAAUGAAGUCUGAGUACCUCCCUGGGUCACAGGCAACAGAUGUCAUUUCCUCCUGGGAGCCCUCCCCGAUUCACAAGUGGAAGGAGUCUGUGCUUUGUGAGAGUUUCACACCACCUUUAGUUUCUUUUUGGAAAUAUAUGCCUCCCUUCCCAUCCUUUGUGACCACGCAGUUAGGUCCAUUUUCCCUUCUAAUUUGUAGACAUUUUGUGGGCAAAGUCCAUGUCUUUUUAAUAUUUGUAUCCUUGGCAAGGAAUCUCCCCUGCAUGGAAUAUGCCCUCAAUAAAAUCUGUGUUGAAGUUUUGUCAA